AUGGAGACAUGUCCCUAUGUUGACAGGCAAGUUUCCUGCGUGAAGAAUGGUAGAAACGACUCGGAUUACCGGCACUGGCAAUGGCGGCCAGAUGACUGCAUGUUACCAAGGUUCAAUCCAGAUAUUGCCCUAAAAAAACUUCAAGGAAAGAGGCUGAUGUUUGUUGGGGAUUCACUGCAGAGAGGGCAAUGGCAGUCUUUUGUUUGCCUCGUUGAACACAUAAUUCCUAAAAGCCAGAAGUCCAUGAAGCGAGGCCGUGUUCAUUCAGUUUUUAGAGCUAAGGAGUACAACGCCACAAUUGAGUUUUAUUGGGCUCCAUUUCUAGUUGAGUCGAACUCAGACGAACGCAUAGUAGGAGAUCCAAAGAAAAGAAUUCUAAGAGUUGAUUCCAUUGCGAAACAUGCCAAACACUGGGUAGAUGUAGACAUUCUUGUUUUCAAUACUUACGUCUGGUGGAUGAGCGGUCUCAAGAUCAAGUCUCUAUGGGGUUCAUUUGCCAAUGGGGAGGAAGGUUCUGAAGAGCUGGAGGCACCUGUUUCGUACAGAAUAGGAUUGAAGACAUGGGCGAACUGGGUUGAUUCCACAAUCGAUCCUAAUACAACUCGAGUGUUCUUUACUACAAUGUCUCCCACGCAUCAGAGGAGUGAAGACUGGGGCAACAAGAAUGGGAUCAAGUGCUUCAACGAGACAAAACCCAUCUUGAACAAAUGGCACUGGGGAAGUGGUUCUGAUAGAAGGAUGAUGAAUGUGGUGGCCAGUGUAGUUGAAAAGAUGAAAGUGCCUGUCACAUUCAUUAACAUAACACAACUAUCCGAGUACAGGAUUGACGCUCACUCAUCAAUUUACACAGAGUUACAAGGACAAUUGUUGACGGACGAGCAAAAGGCUGACCCGUUACACAAUGCGGAUUGCAUACACUGGUGUUUGCCGGGAGUUCCUGAUACUUGGAAUCAAAUACUUUUUGCACUUCUGUAGCAAACAAAAAUCGAUACCAAUUUAAAUUGGCAGUACAGUCUAGGUGGUUGUAAACUUCCCCAAGGAAAUUUCUUAUGCUGUAAAUGCAGCAUAAGAUUCAGUGUUGUUUGUACUUUGUAUGGAUGGGGUGUAUAAAAUCUCUUGCUCAAA